UAUUUUGGAACUGUUUACUCCGGCAACGCACGAAAACCCCCGUCUUUUUUUUCUGGUCUCCUCUCGCUGCAGUCAGCUGGUUGCCUUGGCGACGGCCCGGUCGUCUGCAGCAGAGGCAGGUUUGGCAGCGUGGCGUCAUGGCAACGCCCCGAUCGCACCACACGACGUCACGACAGGACUGAGCUUCAAUCUUGGCCUCCUCGCUGAUCGAUUGCUCUGGUCUGACACAGAAAUGACAUCUGUCUGUUGCGUAAUAGAAAUGUUGCUUUAAUCCGAGAUCGUCCCAGUGAGAGCAGAUUUAGCUCCGAUCCUGCAGCGUCAUGCUGAGGACAGGCCCAGUCAGAGCACGCAUUUUUGGAUCAGGCUCUGAGGGACCAUCCGUAGGUCAAGCUGUGAAAACAAACAAUGAUCUACAACAAACAGCUUAGAAAUCAGGAGAGCGACAGGCUUCUGAUCAAGGGCGGCCGGAUCGUCAACGAUGACCAGUCGUUUCACGCCGACGUCUACAUGGAGGACGGCGUCAUCAAGCAGAUCGGCGACAACCUGAUCGUGCCUGGCGGGGUGAAGACCAUCGAGGCCAACGGCAAAAUGGUGAUCCCUGGCGGCAUCGACAUUCACACUCACCUCCAGAUGCCGUACCGCGGCACCACGACCGUGGACGACUUCGCUCAGGGAUCCAAGGCCGCUCUGGCUGGAGGAACCACCAUGAUUGUGGAUCAUGUGAUCCCAGAGGUGGGCUGCAGCCUGGUGGAGGCCUUCGACCAGUGGAGGCAGUGGGCCGACGACAAGGUCUGCUGCGACUACUCUCUGCACGUGGACAUCACGCACUGGAGCGACGACGUGAAGCAGGAAGUGGACAGUCUCAUCAAGGAGAAAGGCGUCAACUCCUUCCAGGUCUACAUGGCGUACAAGGACUUCUACCAGAUGAGCAACAGCGAGCUCUACGAGGUCUUCACCUUCCUGGCCGAGAGAGGGGGCAUCGCUCAGGUCCACGCGGAGAACGGCGAGAUUAUCGCGGAGGAGCAGGCCCGGAUGCUGCAGAUGGGCAUAACUGGACCAGAGGGACACGUGCUGAGCCGACCUGAGGAGCUGGAGGCGGAGGCGGUGUUCCGGGCCGUCACCAUCGCCAGCCAGACCAACUGUCCCCUGUACGUGACCCGGGUCAUGAGCAAAAGCGCGGCCGACAUCAUCUCGCAGGCCCGGAAGAAAGGCAACGUGGUGUUCGGGGAGCCCAUCACCGCCAGCCUGGGCACCGACGGGACGCACUACUGGAGCAAGAACUGGGCCAAGGCCGCCUCCUUCGUCACCUCGCCCCCCCUCAGUCCCGACCCCACCACGCCAGACUACCUGAACACGCUGCUCUCCAGCGGCGACCUGAGCGUAGCCGGCAGCGCCCACUGCACCUUCAGCGUCGCCCAGAAGGCCAUCGGCAAGGACGACUUCACCCAGAUCCCCGAGGGGGUGAACGGCGUGGAGGAGAGGAUGGCGCUCAUCUGGGACAAAGCCGUGACUUCAGGUAAAAUGGACGAGAACAUGUUUGUGGCCGUCACCAGCACCAACGCGGCCAAGAUCCUCAACCUGUACCCACGAAAGGGCCGGAUCGCCGUGGGCUCCGACGCCGACCUGGUCAUCUGGGACACGGACGCCGUUCGCACCGUCACGGCCAAGACGCACAACUCGGCUGCUGAGUACAACAUCUUCGAGGGCACGGAGCUGCGCGGCGCUCCUCAGGCGGUGAUCUGUCAGGGCAAGGUCGUGCUGGAAGAUGGGACCCUGCACGCCACCUCUGGAGUGGGCCGCUUCAUCCCCUGCUCCCCCUUCCCCGACUUCGCCUACAAGCGCAUCAAAGCCAGGAAGCAGCUGGCGGUUCUCAGGGCGGUUCCCAGAGGAAUGUACGACGGCCCGGUCUCCGAGUUCUCCCUGUCCCGCGGCGGCACCCCGUCCGCUUCUGCUCGCACGUCUCCCACCAAACAGCCCAUCAGGAACCUGCACCAGUCUGGAUUUAGUCUCGCAGGUAACCCGGCGCCCAGCGGACCUCCGACUCCAGACGACGUCCCCAUCAGGCCCGCCGGACGCCGCAUUGUGGUGCCCCCUGGUGGCCGCUCCAACAUCACCUCCCUCAGUUAAGCAGCAGCCCAACAGACGACAACAGCCAGGAGGAGGAAUACGGAGAGAGGAGUCGGACGUGAUUAGUUUAAAAGCAAACAAAGAAAAAGACAAAAACACUGAAUCCUCAUGCCUUACCUGUCCGUCGUACGUAGAGAAGAGCAGUGUCCCGCUUUCCUGUGACUCCACCGCUAACAGAAGGCAAAUUUGGUGCUAUGCUAAUGAUCUCACAGGACAAGUAGACGCUGCUUUACUCGAGUGUUUUUUUUACUUUCACCCUCCCCUCACGACUUAGCUUAGACUCGGUCAUUAGGCGUGCCGUGGUCAUGCAGUUCCAUGGAGUAGCUCUAGGUGGCGGUGUGUGCUUGCUUGAUGUCCAUGUGUCGCAGCCUGUGUGGGUUAGCCAGGACGCGGUAUGGGCCACAACAGCGGUGGUGACGGGACCUCUCCUGUGAUGUCACUCACCACGUGAUGAUAAGUGUUGUUAAAAAAAAAAAACGACUGACUGUUCCCACAGGUCUUUUGUUUGCCUGCACUUCGUCACAUUCAAGUGAAACCACGUCUGUUUUUUUGUUUUUUUUUCGCUCAAUGAUAACCACAUUUGCGCACAGGACUGAUAGGAUAUAGUCUUCAAACUAGUCGUAACAUUAUGACCGCUUGGGUUUCGUUCUUGGUACCCAAGCCGUGCUCUACGAAAACCCACAAUUCCGUUCUAGGCUCACUUUUGGGUUGCAACCCAUCAGUAGGGGGCGCUGACAUACCACCCGACAUUUCCGCGAACCACCCGCCAGACCAUUGAAGAGGAUGAACCAGCAACAGUUAGCACGCCACUAGACCCUAAGGUCCAUUGUUGGUCCUUAGGGUCCAGGCGAACCAAUGAAUUUGGAACUGUCGGACACUUUAUUCCCAAGUUCGCUGAUGAUAGUUUUUCGUUGAUGUGUAUAACAAAGUAAGGUUAGCCUGCGUAGUUUGCGUUCCCCCCCCCAUACCAUCUUCCACUCUGAUUCUGGACUAGUAAGUGGUUUGAAAUGGGACCUCUCCAGGCAAGGGUCCAUAAAAACUGGUACGAUGCUGAACCAACCAGAAUACAGGGUAAACUGCUAGCGGUAUUGUGGGUAUAACGGUUUCUUGGGUAAGGAAUAGUCCUGUAGAGCGUACAUUCACUACCUGUCGUUCGCAGUCGGCAUAAAAGCUCAGCAAGAGUGGUCAUAAUGUUUUGACAUAAUGGUGUAAGUUGGUCUUAACAAUACAAAUGAAAAACAACUGCUCUCAACUGUAAAAUGCUAGAAUGCUACCAGGCAAAGGGUUUGCGUUGCUCUCUGUCGCUAACAUGCUAACCAUCCUCCACCAUGUUGCUAGUCAACAUCACAGUCCAACAGCUGCAUUAACCCUAAAAUUCCACGAGGAUCAAAGUGUUUUACGUCCCCGGGGGGGAGCGGGCCGUGUGCCCGGCGGACUCCGCGCUCAAGUUGUGGUUUGUUGUAUUUAUGUACCUUUGACGACCUUUUGUUGUUUUUUUUUUUAUGUUGUUUCUUUUAUACUGUUGUACCGAGUCCCACAAACGAUAGAUCCGAAGUCGGGUGUAUUGUGGCGCCGUGAUUUUACUGAAUAAAGAGAAGUUGUAACCCGA